AUGGCAGCUUGCGGUGCAGCAAGAUUAAUUCCAGCUUGGAGUCGAGUUCUUUCGUACUUCGAGGCCUCAGCUGGGAAUUCAAGGCUGCUCAUCAGAGCGUGCGUUGCAAUAUUUUUUCCCCCGGUUUCCAAAGAUCAACGAACGCAUGAGGACAGGAUAUGCUGGCCGUUCGUUCGAGUACCAGUCUCGGGCGCGGGGGUGCCUUUGACGUUGCGCUGCCAAUGCAUUGCAGAUCAUGGUACUGUCGGUAUCAUCGAAGGCGCCGCGCACUCGAUGGAUGGUCAGGCCGUCAGGGACAUCGUCUCCUGCGGGAACAAGGUCGUCGGCACGCCGACAAUCUGGAUGACCUCUGAUGGUAUGAUUCUUCCGAUGGAGUUCGAGUUCGCCGUCGUCCCUGCCGCGAAUGUCGUAUUUGUAUUUAUUCAGUAUUUCUUGGCCGUAUCCUUAUAUCUGACCCUGAUUGAAUCCCCUUAUCAGAAGCGCUACGUCCACCCUUACUCCGUCCUUCGUCUUGCACUUCUUAAGGCUCUCUUCACGGAAACAUCCGAUUACGACCGCAUAAUCCAAGUAGGCAAGGAUGUACACCACCUUUGGUUUGCGUUGCGAGCGUGGCGAGGUGUUGAUCCGGAGGGAUAUUUCGGCGAUCUGGGAUCUUGGGUUGAGAAGAGGAUGGAGGAGCUUGGUAUUGAUUCCGCGGGUAUUGAUUCAGCGAUGUCACGGCUUGUGAUGACUGAUUCCAACAGCUUUGCAUCGACGAAUUUGGCGAAGAGUGGGAGACUUAGAAGGGAGGACUGUUGGCAAAGUUCAACCAAGCUCGCUCCUGCAGUGCUACCCUCCAGAGCAAAGCGUCGGCCCGGGAGAAUGAUUAAAUUACCAGCAACCCAACAGUCUAGAUGA